AUGAAGUCAGCACAUAUUCAGCCCACUGAUUUGGAUGGCUACAACAUGACCAUGCUACCAGAGAGUCUCUUGGGCCCAUUUGGCGCAGACACUCUGGUCACCUUGUCGAGCUAUGCUCCCAAAAUCCGGGAUGACCCAGAGUACACUGACUGGGUGUAUGUGGCAACUGCGGUGCAAUACUUCAAGAUUGAACCAGAGUUCAAAGCACCACUCUUUGACUACCUGGAGGGUUAUGUUGCUGUGGCCAAGACAGACUGGAGCACCUCGCUCAUUCAGGGCAAGCAAAGCAUCCACUUGAGCCGCCUUGUGGAAGGCCUAGUGCGAGUAGGCUGUGAAGCUGUGCGGGUGCAAGGGUAUGGUAUGAAGAGCAGGCUUGCACUGGUUGA